AGUGGUGGUGGAGCAUGCGCGGGUGGGAGUGGCACCUUAUUCGUCGUACCGCUCCCGCCAAGGGUUUCUGUCAACUACGAACUGCCGAUGGUAAAGGUACUCGGGUAAAUCUGCGACGACGAGGCCGGUGUUCCGUGUUCGCACGAAGCGAUUUCCGAUUUCUCUUGAAAUCGGACGCGGAGACAAGUAGCCGUCGCUUAGUUGUAACUUCUUCUUUUUUUUUUCAUUAACUUUAAAAACAAAAAGAUUAUCACAAGACAGUGACACGUAACGUUUGGCGGGAGUUCAUCCGUCGAGUUGAGAGAUCCGAUCGCGAUUGCCGAAGAAGUCGAUGGGAGGUGUGUUUGAAAGUGACAGUGCGCACGCCAGGAUACAUUUGAGAAACCACUGAAAAGGAUACAGGUGACGACUAACGAGUUCGAGAAAUGUGUGAAUUGAAACGGUAAUCGUACGCGAGAUGCAAGGAAUCGCGCUUGCGAUGGGCGUACAUUGCGGUGGGAGAAAAUAAAGGUGGACAAUUGCGAUCGCGGCACGUGGCCAAAAGUGUCACGUGGAUGCGUCGCCCGUUCGCGUCCGGGACUCGUUUCCGCUCGCGAGAAUUUGCAAACGUCAGAAGGAAUUUUCCCGAUUCGCGGGGGAAAAAAACGAGAUCGCGGGAAAAGAAUCACGAGAAGUCCGUCGAACCGCGAAACAAACGCGAAAAAAACUGGAAAUUCACGCUCGCUGCUUUCUGCUUUUUUCCCCUCCUCUCGCUGCGCAACAAAGAAAAGAAUGAAAAAGGAUCCGGGCGCGAAGUGAUUCGGCCGGUAACCGGAUGAGAUUUUCGCGCCGCUUUCUCGCGAAGGCUGUCGCUCUGACGUAACGAACGUUGUAGAGCCGCGGCCGGCGCACCGGUUAAUCAACGACGAGGAGCUGCCGAUGAGGGAAAGGCGCAUCAGUUUGUUUCCGCUUCCAGGCACUCAUCCGACUUCCGGAGGGAAGGAAAUCCGGCCUACGCAAGGUCUAUAAGCUUCUCGAGACGCAUCGGCGCUCACGUCUCGCGGUGUGUAAUCAUUUUUCAUGCGUUAAUUAGCGAGAAUCCGGGAAAACGGAGGGAGCAGAGUUAAUGCGCGCGUUGUGAAAGGAGGGUCGUCCCGUUCCCCGAGAGGGAACGAAACGAGACGAGUUUUGCGAGGGAGUGAUAUCCGUUUGACGGGGAAAUAUACGGGUGGUGUGCUCGGUAGCGCGCGCACCUGAGCAACGUUGGGUGCGCAAAAAUAAAAGAAAAAAAGAAACAAAAAAGAAAAAAAAAACAAAAAGAAAAGAAGAGAAAAAAAGAAAGACGCCCUCGCGUAAAAAGUUCACGAAAGCGUCCGAGGGAGAGUGUCCGGGGGAAGUUACGGGAGACAAAAAACAUUAACGGGACAGCGUUUACGGCGGAAAUAGCGGCCACCGCGUCUAACAACUGACGAUAAAAGGAGGAUCGUUAAGCCCCAAGAAGACCUCCGCGGAAUGACCCAAGUAAAGCGGGGUAAUAGCGAAACUACUUUCGUGAGGAUAUACGAAAGCUAAGUGUGUGCGCUUAUUGUGGUUUCUACGAAAACACACGUGGCGGUGUCGGAAAAACGCUCCCGUUCGCGAGGAAUCGGGAGAAUCUCCUCGUUGAAGAAAUAAAUCACGAAAAGGAUAACGUCCUAACGUGAUAAUUCAAUUUUGAUUUAAUUCGCAAGUGGUACAACAGCUGUCGUCUACGAUAUCGCGGUCAAUCAGUACUUCUAAAGGAGCAAAUUAGAAAAGCAACAUUACGACAGAAAAAUAAAUCGAGAACGUCGAGAGAUUUCAGGCGUUCCAUUAAAUCCAAACGCAAAGUGGAAUUGUUUUCACACCGAGCCGCACGAAUCGAUAUAUACAUAUAUAUGGAUUUUUCUUCUUAAAAAGCACGAGGAGGAAUCCUCCCGCGAGAAUCGAAAAGUGUAGGAGACGUCGAGUGAGGACAAAUCGACGAACGCGCAAGAAUUUCGCUGGCUCGGUCGAAAUCAACAUUCAAAUGCGGACUCUCGACUGUCUCUAAGGUAUCGUGGAAUAUCGAUACCGACGAUCUUCUCGGCGGGGAACACGUGACGUCGUCGAAAAUCGCUGAUCGUCUUACUCCCAACACACAGAAAACGAAGAGAGCGUUGAGGCGGGUGGGCUCGAUUAAACGGAAAUUCCCCGACGCGACGGCUGCAAAAUUCUGCGGUUGUAACUUCCAUUCUUUUUCUCGACAAAUAGUACAAACGGCCGCGAUUAUCUUCCCCCUGUGAUCUCCGCGGCACCGCCCCGCACAAAUGUCAAGUGAACGAUGAAGUACUCGAGAGUGCAGACGAGGAAGAAGUGGGACGCCACUUCGCUCGACGACGAAUCGUGCUCCAGGUGCGGCAAGUGUCUGACUAAAAUGCAGCUCGUACUACUGUCCGCACUGUUCUGCUCUUCUCUGACGACAGGUGCCGGACUAGAGAUACGAAAGCUGGACGUACCCAGUAUCGCCGAUCCAAGGUGGGAGACGGUGUCACUUAAAUGUGAGUAUGAUCUCGGUGGCAAAGAGCUGUAUUCGGUAACGUGGAACAAAGACGGUCAGGAGAUCUUCAGAUUUAUGCCGGGAUCAGCGACGCCUAAGCGACCUCAAAAUAUCAGCGGACUAUAUAUUGACCUCAACCGAAGUGAUCACAAACAAGUGACACUUUUGGGCCCAAGCACUGGUAAAGGUAAAGUUGACUUGGCGGGGUCUUACGGCUGCGAGGUGUCAUCCGAAGCGCCGAGUUUUGAGACAGAUUACAGAGAGGCAAACAUGAGCGUGGCUGUACCUCCUCAAAGUUCUCCGAUACUCGAGGGGAUGCGACCUUCUUACGAAAUCGGCGAGAUCCUCCAAGCGGAGUGCACGUCGGGGUUAAGUUACCCCCCGGCAGUUCUAACGUUCAUCUUGAACAGUAAAGAGGUAAACAGAGCCUUAACUAAAGACUUGCGAGGAAUUGGCAACAUAGACGGAAAGCUGGUCUCUACGACGCGGUUGGGUCUGACAAUGCGCUUGGAACGACACCAUUUUUCCAGCGGCAGUUUGUCUCUGAUUUGCCAAUCGACACUACCAGGAAUCGCUAAUGACCAGCCUCUCAGAACCAUCGAGUUUGCCACUCUCGCCGCCAGCAACCAACGUCUCGCCCAAGAACCCCCUAAAUCAGGCUCAAGGUCGAACAUCGAACUCUACUCGAUUCUGACUUGCUGGACAAUGACCGUGAUUCACGUGAUUCGUUACGACAGUCUCAGAUUUCUGCGCGUCGUUUAAUAUCGACGUCAUAUUUCGAUCCAUGGCAUCGCGCGAGCACCGUUUCAAGUACGUGCUAAUUAGUGUAUACGUCUCUACGCAUUCUCGCGAUCAGGAAGAACGUCGCGCUUCUCUCUACAUCUACAUGUCAAUCGAGAGCGAUGCAUACUUUAGUGCGUCCCAAAUUUUCGCGCAAUCCAUACACGUCUGCUCGCAUGUGUACACAAUGUUUAGAGCACCCCCGUAUAUCAUAUAUAAGUCGGAGAUAGCAAUACAGCUCUGCGUAAAAUAGGUCGCAGCGAUGGGCACAUGAUGAUUGUACAUAGUGUAUACAUUGUGAAUUAGCAUUACAACAAAUUGUCGUGUAUAAUUAAUCGAAGGGAAGGACUCUGCGGGGAUGAUGAAGGGAACACGAUGAAAGUAACAUGGAAAUAUAUCGGAAUUCGCGGGGACGCGAGCAACUUCUUCGAGGGGAAAAAUAACGCGGGUGGAACGUCGCAUUCGAGAGAGAGAGAUAUAUAUCUAUCAUUUGUCAGAUCAGAAAUAUAGUUUAAGAAGCAUAAAUGUAUACGGGUCGUAAUCUUAAGUACGACUCGACAUCGGCGUAUGUAGUGUAAGUAUGUGGUUAAUUCGACUAUAUUCUCCACAUCCGAUCUUCCUCAAGAGCCACGAGGCAUACGAGAGUUCUACUGUGUGAAAUAAGAGAUACGACACUUUUGUUCAGUAAUUUUACACGAUCCAAAGUAUCGUCGUUAUCGAAGCGA